GAAGGCAGUGCGUUUGAGAAGCUCAGUAAUUAGAGUGCUGGGCUGCAGUGUGGAAGGCAGUGUGUUUGAGGAGCUCUGUGAUAAACAAUGAAACAAGGAUCUACGUGCUGGCCUUGCACAAAGGGUGGGGAGUCUUACGCAUCAGGGUGUUCAAGCCCCUCCUACAAGGCGAGCCUCGAUGAAUCCUGGGACGUCCUUCUGAAAAGCACCCCCCAUCUCAGAUUAAACACCCUGGACUUCUCUGACCUUUGGGAAGACGAAGAUCCAGGACUGGACAGCAAUGAGGACGGGGACGUGGCCUCAGAAGUGUUUGCAUCACCGGUGGGUUGGGCUAACCCUACGGCCCCGCCUCCUCCACCACUUCCCCCUCCCCCUCCCCCUCCCUGCCCAAUGACAGCUGCCAAGGACUCUGGAGCCACACCCACAAAAGGGCGGACGCUACGCUUGUACUGGAAUGAACUGUGUGACUUGCCCACGCUCCCCAAAGUGAGCCGUUUCGGCAAACAGACCAUCUGGGCCACGCUGGAACCAGUUAACGUUGACACCAACCAACUGCAGCAUCUCUUUGAGUCCAAAUCAGGAGGGCUGGCAGCCUUUAAGUGUAAAGCCUCUACUGGGCAGAAGCAGCUGAACGUGCUGGAAUUGAAAAGGAGCAACAUUAUCAACAUCACCCUGAGCAGCCUGCCUCCUCCUCACAUCAUUAGAGAGGCCGUUGUCAAUAUGGACCAGAGUGUGUUGGACAGAGAGGAUCUGCAGAAGCUGGUGUCUCUCAUCCCCACUGAGGAGGAGCUGCUGCUAAUCAAAGAGGCCCAGAAGAAGAACCCCUCCCUGCCGCUGGGCUCAGCCGAGCAGAGUCUCCUCACCCUGGGCUCUGUGCAGCACCUUAGUGCCAGGCUUGAGCUGUGGGCCUUCAUGCUGGACUACGAGAAUCUGGAGAGAGAAAUUGCCGAGCCGCUGUUUAAUUUGAAGCUGGCCAUGCAGCAGCUGGUUAGCAACAAGACAUUCCGCUGUAUCCUAGCAACAGUGCUGGCCAUUGGAAACUUCCUUAAUGGUUGCAAAGCAAAGGGGUUUGAGCUGGGUUACCUGGAGAAGCUGCCCGAAGUGAGAGACACUGUAUCCCGGCAGCCGCUGCUCCAUCACACCUGCACCAUCCUGGUAGAGAGCUUCCCGGAGACCACAGACCUGCACUCAGAGAUACCAGCCCUCACCAAGUCUGCCAGGGUGGAUUUCUCUCAGCUGCAUUCAAACCUGGAGCAGCUGGAGGCCCGCUGCAAAGCGUCGGGGGAACAUCUGAAGGUGAUUGGCCGACGGGAGGGCGGGGGCAGGCUGAAGAGCCAAUUAGGUGCCUUCGUCAAAGACUCGACUCAGCGCGUGAGCAUCCUGAGGGCAGUCUACCGAAGAGUCAUCAACAGGUUCCACUCGUUCCUGCUCUUCCUGGGGUACCCCCGCUCUGCGGUCAAGGAGAUGAGCGCUGGGCGCUUCUGUAAGACUGUCAGUGACUUCGCUCUGGAGUACAGGACAUCCAGAGCUCACAUCCUGCAACGCAAAGAGAGGCACAGGGAGAGAGAGGGUUGCAAUGGGAGUGUGAGUGCGAGCCCCUCUACUCCUCACGGGGGGGACCCCACACUGCAACAGCACCAGAACAUGAAGGAGGUCCUCAGCACUCCCGAAAUAAGCCGGCGCCUCGACCUGUCCCUGCCCCGCCCCCGGCACAAGAACAGGGAGAGCACAGGGACCGGCCCAGGCAAGCUGAAAACGCAGUGAGGGGGAAGAAUCUGUAGGCAGUGCAUCACACAGCUCUGCCUGCUACCAGAGCAGUACAGGCCUGUCUUGGGUUCCCAGGCUGUGUUCCCAUGAAACUGCAGCGGCUUACAUGACAGAAACCACCAGACUGGGGAGGAGACACCCGGGGGAAGUGUUUAGCUGUGACACAGAGCUGUCGACACACUUCAUGUCAUAAAAUAUGAGACAAAAAAGAAAAAAAAAAUCUAUUCCAGUAUUAAUCUAUAAAUUAUAUUAUUAUUAUACAAAAUACAAUAAUUGUUUUCACAACCUAUAUAAUUAAAGUUGUAUAUGUAUAACCUAUAAAUGUAGUACCUAACGUGUGCAUUUAUCUAUAAUUUUCACCACCAAGUAAUUUUGAAUCAUUUUGGAUCUAAAUAAAAGGAGAUAUUUUCAAGGAGCAAACGCAGGGAAGCUACUAAAUAAAACAACAAACACGCAGUUUGUAGAUCCACCAAAACAGACGAUGUAGAGAAAACAACUCAAUUACACUGUACUUAAAUGUUGUUUUUGCAUUGUAACCUGUAUUGCCCUGUAUAGUCUGCCAAAUAAACUAAUAA